CGCCUGGGGCCUGAGGGUGUCUGUGGGGCUCGUCACGCCCCCUUUCACGGCCAGGGGAGCAGGGAGACCCGUCGCUGAGCUAGAGGAGUCCCGGGGCACGGGGUGGGCCCUGCGGCCUGGCCCAGCUUUGCGCCGUGUUUCUCCCUGGACCAGGGGCCUGGACAGGCCAGCUCGCAGGAGUCAGCAGGGAAGCACUGGCGGAUCUGGAGCUCAGGACUGACUUCCUCCUCCCUUCCUUCUUUUCUCUUCUUCCUUCUUCCUUCCCUCCCAGUCUGGCUAGAACUUGAGAUGUGGCCUUGACCCAGUGUCUGGGAGAAGCGGGAGGGGGAGGCUGGUCUGGCCCAGGAGUCCCGUGAAGGUAUGUUACUGGGUGCCCUCCCCUGCCCCCCACCCCUUCUCCCUCUAGCAGAACAGAGGCCAGACCCCCAGCCUGCACCCCUCUGCCGCCACCUCUCCUCCCGGGUUCAGAGGUCACCAUCUCUCUGCCAAGGGUACCUCUUUCCACCCCCCUCCUGAUGCCGCCCACCCCAGCUCUCAGCCUGCCUCUCUCCCGCCUGUCCUUUUCUAGUGCUCUUGAAAACUAAUCAUAAUCAUAAUAAUUAAUAACAACAGAGCCCGUGGCAGGCCUGAGGCAGCUCUUAAAGAGGCCGAGCCCCAUUUUCUCCUGGCAGAGCUGGCGGGGCCUGGGACCUGGUGGCUCUGAGAGGUGGCCUUUGUUCCUGCACCCCUCCCCUCCCUGUGCCUGGGGUCAGAGGUGGUGCUGGGGUGGCAUUUUUGCGUGCCUUCUCCACCAGCCGCUGGGCUUCUCGUAUUUUAAUUGAACUGUCUUUUCUUAGAGAUAGAUGCUUUCACCACGUCCAGCUGCUCCUGUGUAUUGGAAAACCUGCUGUAAUACGGCUCGGCGAAAUCAAAAGAUGCAGCAGCUGGACUGAUUAAACAGGGAAGGGGACGCUGGUCAGAGCACUCUUUUUAAAUAAUGUUUCUGGUAAUGCAUUUUCAGAGAAUGCGAAAAAAUAUUAGAAAAAAAAAAAGCUGUAGAAAUGUUAACGAUAUCCACAAGAUACUCAGCGGGAAAUGAGAGCGAUCUGGGACUAAUAAAAGCCGAAAUGUAAUUUGUGCAGAUAUACGACGCGCAGCCUUCAGAGUGGGCCUCGGUUUGCGAAUUCCGGGCUCAUCAGCGAGGCCAGGGAGGGCAGAGCAGAGCGCGGGGACCGCAGCUGACCCUGCCUGCCCGCAGGGGACACCCUGAGCAGAGGCCUCCACCUGCCAGCUCAGGCCUGGGCCGCAGGGAGUGCCCGUGUGCGCUGCCCGAGGGCAGGAGGAGCCCUCCCGGCCCCUCCCCCAGGAGCCCCAUGGGGGAGGUGCAGGGCUGCCCACCUGGCGGGGAGCCGCCCCGGAACCAAGGCUGGGUCACAGCAGGCACCUCCUGUCGUGUUUGAUUCCAGCUGCCAGGAUGGACUAAGUGGGUCAGAAGGGGGGCUCCUCCGUGUCGGGGCACCUUUGAUGAGCCAGGGAGAGGCCAUGGCCAUGGAGCUGUGACCCGCCCUGUGGGCAGGGGCCGAGCCCUCUCCAGGGUCAUGGGCUUCAACUCCCUGAGUCCGGGCAGCUGACUGCCAAGGGCAGGGAGGUUGGCCUGGGCUGUGCUGAUGGGGCUCCUGGGGUCGCCUGGCUGCCCCAGGCUUGACCCCUCCCUGGUCAGCACCCCGCUCCACCCCCCGGCCACCGCAUGAGGAGGGCAUGGAGGUGGGAUCUGGGUGAAGAAGGGGUGAGCUGCACCUCUCGGGGGAGCCCCUGUCUCCCUCCACGUGUGCCUGCCCCCCCCGUUCUGUGCCCCCCCCCAGAGCCCUGGAGGCUCGUAGCCCAUGGCGAGCCACCCCUUCCUCUUUGGGGUUGGGAACGGGCACUGCGAGGUCCCCUGUGCCCUCCUGGGGGCCUGGGCUGUGCAGGCGAGCGUGGUGUGCGUAAACCUCGUGCCCGGGGACGCAGGCUGCCGCCAGCCCUCGCCGUGAGGACUCCUGAGCCUGGGGCAUCCUUGCUCCUUCCUCCCUCCUCCGAGGGUCUUGUGGGGGGGGGGGCGGGAGGGGGAGGGGCAGGGGGGCCAUUAGCCCGGACGCUGCAGCCGGCCUGUUACGUGAAUCCAGUUGUUCUGCCCUGAAGGCCCCCCCACCCCCACUCCAGGGUCAUUUCCUGACCCCCGAUCCUGCUUUGGGGCAGGUCGGACCCUGUGCGCGCCGGCCCCUAAAAUCAUAAACAGAUGGGCUCUCGGCCUGGCCCUGACCCCGUGCAGGCCCCGCCCACCCAGGAGGCCCAGGGCUGCCUCUCGCGGAGGGACUGCAGCCCCGUCCCCCAUCAGCAUGCACUGCCUCUCUCUGGGCCACGUAAUCUGUUUAUGCACCUACGAUAUCAAAAAUAGGAGGCAGGUGCCGCCGUCCUGCGUUCCUGGGAGUCGAGGAGGGGACAUUUUAUGCCUACAGUGGCUCGGCAGCCCCUAAUCAGCGUCUGCUGGAAGGAACAGACAGAUUCCAGAUGGCAUGGCAAUGAUGGAGGAGAUAACCAGCCCGAGUCAUGCAGUCUUUUCGAGAAAGGUGUGGUUUCCAUGGCAAACAGCAGACCUACCAGCAGACCUCACAGGAGACAUCUCGCCUGGAGAAUUACCGGCAGCCGAGUCAGGCUGGGCUGAGCUGCGACCGGCAGCGUCUGCUGACCAAGGACUAUUACGGCCCGCAGCCCUUCCCCAGCUACGAGGGCGGCACCGGCACGCCCGCCACGGUGCGCGCCAGCAAAGGCCUGUCCUCUCCGCAGGCCCCGCAGGGGAGGCCGUCCUUCGCGGGCUACGCCGUCCAGGACGGCAGCCCCUACCCCGGCCGCUACUCGGGGGAGGAGGGCCUGCAGGCCUGGGGGGCACCGCAGCCGCCACCCCCGCAGCCGCAGCCCCUGCCAGGGGCGGUGGGCAAAUAUGACGAGAACCUGAUGAAAAAGACAGCAGCGCCCCCCGCCCGGCAGUACCCGGAGCAGGGCGCCCAGCUGCCCUUUCGGACUCACACCCUCCACGUCCAGCAGCAGCUGCCGCAGCCCCCGCAGCCCCUGGCGUACCCCAAGCUCCAAAGGCAGAAGCCCCAGAACGACCUCGCCUCGCCCCUGCCCUUCCCCCCGGGCAGCCACUUCCCCCAGCACUCCCAGUCCUUCCCCGUCUCCUCCACCUACUCCUCCCCCGGCCAGGGCGGCGGGCAGGGGGCCCACUCCUACAAGAGCUGCACAGCCCCGUCCACCCAGCCCCACGACAGGCCGCUGACCGCUAACGCCGGCCUGGCCCCGGGCCAGCGGGUCCCAAGCCUUCACGCCUACCAGCCUGGGCGCCUCAGCUACGAGCCACAGAAGCAGCAGCAGCAAGCCCUCCAGAGCCGCCACCACGCCCAGGAAGCCCUCCACUACCAAAACCUCACCAAGUACCAACACUACGGGCAGCAAGGCCCAGGCUACUGCCAGCCGGACGCGGCCGUCAGGACCCCGGAGCAAUACUACCAGACCUUCAGCCCCGGCUCCAGCCACUCGCCCGCUCGCUCCGUGGGCCGCUCCCCUUCCUACAGCUCCACCCCGUCGCCGCUGAUGCCCAACCUGGAGAACUUUCCCUACAACCAGCAGCCGCUCGGCCCUGGAGCCUUCCCCGCCGGUCUCGCGGACCACAGCCACUUCAUGCCCCUGCUCAACCCCUCCCCGACGGACGCCGCCGGCUCCGUGGACGCCCAGGCCGCCAACUGCAAGGCCCUGCAGAAGGACAAGCUUCCCGAGAGCCUGCUGUCGGACCUCAGCCUGCACAGCCUCACGGCGCUGACCUCGCAGGUGGAGAACAUCUCCAACACCGUGCAGCAGCUGCUGCUCUCCAAGGCGGCCGUGCCCCAGAAGAAGGGCGUCAAGAGCCUGGCAGCCCGGACCCCAGAGCAGCACAAAAGCCAGCACUGCAGCCCCGAGGGCAGUGGCUACUCAGCCGAGCCGGCAGGCACGCCGCUGUCGGAGCCGCUGAGCAGCACACCCCAGUCCACGCAUGCCGAGCCGCCUGAGGCCGACUACCUGAGCGGCUCCGAGGACCCGCUGGAGCGCGGCUUCCUCUACUGCAGCCAGGCCCGCGGCAGCCCCGCCAGGGUCCACGGCGGCUCCAAGGCCAAGCCCGAGUCCGUGUCCACCUGCUCCGUGACUUCACCCGACGACAUGUCUACCAAGUCCGACGACUCCUUCCAGAGCCUGCACGGCGGCCUGCCGCUGGACAGCUUCUCCAAGCUCGUGGCCAGCGAGCGGGACUGCCCGCGCCUGCUGCUGAGCGCCCUGGCGCAGGAGGACCUGGCCUCCGAGAUCCUGGGGCUGCAGGAGGCCAUCGGCGAGAAGGCCGACAAGGUCUGGGCCGAGGCGCCCGGCCUGGCCAAGGACACCAGCAAGCCACCCUUCUCGCUGGAGAACCACAGCGCCUGCUUGGACCCCGUGGCCAAGGGUGCGUGGCCACGGCCGGGGGAGCAGGAGGCCCUGCCCGAGGCCCUGCAGCUGGAAAAGGGCAGCAGCACCAAGGACUUUGGCCCGGGGCUGUUCGAAGAUCCCUCCGUGGGCUUCGCCACCCCUGACCCCAAGAAGACAACUGGUCCCCUCUCCUUUGGCGCCAAGCCCACCCUGGGGGCCGCCGCCUCGGACCCCGCCACAGCAGCUUUCGACUGCUUCCCAGACACGAGCACCGCCAGCUCGGCGGACGGCGCCAACCCCUUCGCCUGGCCCGAGGAGAACCUGGGGGACGCCUGUCCCCGGUGGGGGCUGCACCCCAGCGAGCUCGCCAAGGGUCUGGAGCAGGGCGGGAAGGCUGCCGACAGUGUCGGCCAGGAGGAUGCCCGCGAGGCUUCGGCCUGCCUGGGCUUCCAGGAGGAGCCGCCCUCGGGGGAGAAGGCCGUGGUGCCCCGGGCCUCCCAGCAGGAGGAGGGGGGCGGGGUGAAGGAGGAGGCGGGCGGGCUGCUGCAGUGUCCCGAGGUGGGCAAGGCCGACCGGUGGCUGGAGGACAGCCGGCACUGCUGCUCCGCCGCCGACUUCGGGGACCUCCCGCUGCUGCCGCCCGCCGGCAGGAAGGAGGACUUGGAGGCGGAGGAGUACUCGUCUCUGUGCGAGCUCCUGGGCAGCCCCGAGCAGAGGCCGGGCGUGCAGGAGCCACUGUCGCCCAAGGCCCCGCUGCUGUGUGGCAAGGAGGAGGUGGAGGCGGUGCUGGACCCCAAGGCCGGCUGGGGCUCCCCAUGCGCCCUCUCUGGCGAGGCCGUCAUCCUGCUGGGCCCCACCGUGGGCACCGAGUCCAAGGUCCAGAGCUGGUUCGAGUCCUCCCUCUCCCACAUGAAGCCAGGGGAGGAGGGGCCCGAGGGGGCGCUGGCUCCGGGGGAUCCCACCGCCCUGGCGCCGGAAGCCUCCCUGACCCAGAAGCCGAACAAGCCCGCUGUGCCCGAGGCGCCCAUCGCCAAGAAGGAGCCUGUGCCUCGCGGCAAAAGCUUACGGAGCCGGCGGGUGCACCGGGGGCUGCCCGAGGCCGAGGACUCCCCGUGCAGGGCCCCGGCGCUGCCCAAAGACCUGCUGCUCCCUGAGUCGUGCACGGGGCCCCCCCAGGGACAGAUGGAAGGGGCGGGGGCCCCAGGCCGGGGGACCUCGGAAGGGCUCCCCAGGAUGUGCACCCGCUCCUUCACGGCCCUGAGUGAGCCCCGCACGCCCGGACCCCCGGGCCUGCCCACCACCCCUGCCCCCCCAGACAAGCUGGGAGGCAAGCAGCGAGCUGCCUUCAAGUCGGGCAAGCGGGUGGGGAAGCCCUCCCCCAAGGCCGCAUCCAGCCCCAGCAACCCGGCCGCCCUGCCUGUGGCCUCCGACAGUAGCCCCAUGGGCUCCAAGACCAAGGAGACAGACUCGCCGGAUGCACCAGGCAAAGACCAGCGCUCGAUGAUCCUCCGGUCCCGCACCAGGACCCAGGAGGCCUUCCACUGCAAGCGGCGGCGGGCCUCGGAGAGCCGGCUCCCCAACUGCCGCGCCACCAAGAAGCUCCUCGCCAACAACCACCUGCCCGCCACGUUCAAGGUCGCCGGUAGCCCCCAGAAGGAGGGCAGGGCGGGCCAACGGGCGAGGGUCCCCAAGCCUGGUGCAGGCGGCAAGCUCUCCGAUCGGCCCCUCCACGCGCUCAAGAGGAAGUCGGCCUUCAUGGCACCUGUCCCCACCAAGAAGCGCAACCUGGUCUUACGCAGCGGCAGCACCGGCGGGGACACGAAGGAGGAGGGGGCCGAGGGCUCUCCCACCCUCUUCAAGAGGAUGACGUCUCCCAAGAAGGCCAAGCCCACCAAGGGCAACAGUGAGCCCACGGCAAAGCCGCCGCCCCCGGAGACCCCUGACGCCAGCCUGAAGCUGGCCUCACGGGCGUCCGUCCAGGGGGCCAUGAAGACCAAGGUGCUGCCCCCACGGAAAGGCCGGGGCCUGAAGCUGGAGGCCAUCGUGCAGAAGAUCACCUCACCCAGCCUGAAAAAGUUCGCGUGCAGAGCACCAGGGGCCCCUCCCGGGAAUCCUGUGAGCCCAUCCCUCCCCGAGAAGGACCGUGGGCUCAAGAGCGCAGGGGGCAGCCCGCUGGGGGCGGAAGAAGGUCUCUUAAACGUGAGCACUGGGCAGAAGUUCCCAGCAGCUUUGGGGGCUGAUCCGUUAUGCAGAAAUCCAACCAACAGAUCCUUAAAAGGCAAACUCGUGAACAGUAAGAAACUGUCCUCGACCGACGGUUUCAAAACUGAGGCCUUCACGUCCCCAGAGGGCCUACUGCCUGGGGGCACUGCCCUGGCACCUAAGAAGAGAAGCCGGAAAGGCAGGGUUGGAGCCCUCGGACUCCCCAAAGGCUCCCUGGAGAAGAGGCCUCAUCUCGGCCCGGCUAUGCUCCUGACGGCCAGCAGCGUGCAGGGGGGCAGCGAGGACAGCUCUGGCGGAGGCGGCAAGAAGCCAAAGACGGAGGAGCUGGGGCUGGCCUCCCAGCCCCCUGAGGGCCGGCCCUGCCAGCCCCAGGUGAGGGCACAGAAGCAGCCUGGCCACGCCAACUACAGCAGCUAUUCCAAGCGGAAGCGCCUGACGCGGGGCCGGGCCAAGAACGCCACCACCUCACCCUGUAAGGGGCGUGCCAAGCGGCGGCGGCAGCAGCAGGUGCUGCCCCUGGAUCCCGCAGAGCCUGAAAUCCGCCUCAAAUACAUUUCCUCCUGCAAGCGGCUGCGAGCAGACAGCCGCACCCCCGCCUUCUCGCCCUUCGUGCGGGUGGAGAAGCGGGAUGCGUUCACCACUGUAUGCACUGUUGUCAACUCCCCCGGAGAGGAGCCCAAGCCCCACAGGAAGCCUUCCUCCUCCUCUUCAUCCUCUUGCUCCUUCUCCUUGGACGCGGCCGGGGCCUCCCUAGCCACGCUCCCUGGAGGCUCCAUCCUGCAGCCUCGGCCCUCCCUGCCCCUCUCCUCCACCAUGCAUCUGGGGCCCGUGGUCUCCAAGGCCCUGAGUACCUCUUGCCUUGUUUGCUGCCUCUGCCAAAACCCGGCCAACUUCAAGGACCUCGGGGACCUCUGUGGGCCCUACUACCCCGGACACUGCCUCCCCAAAAAGAAGCCAAAACUCAAGGAGAAGGUGCGGCCAGAGGGCACCUGCGAGGAGGCCUCGCUGCCUCUUGAGAGGACACUCAAAGGCCUCGAGUGCCCAGCUGCCGCUGCCGCUGCCACCGCCACCACCACCGGGAAGCCCCCCAGGCCUGACGGCCCAGCCGAUCCGGCCAAGCAGGGCUCCCUGCGCACCAGCGCCCGGGGCCUGUCCCGGCGGCUGCAGAGUUGCUACUGCUGUGACGGUCGGGGGGAAGGUGGUGAAGAGACAGCCCCAGCUGACAGGAGCCGCAAGCACGAGUGCAGCAAGGAGCCGCCGGCAGAGCCUGGCGGGGACACGCAGGAGCACUGGGUGCACGAGGCCUGUGCCGUGUGGACGGGCGGGGUCUACCUGGUGGCCGGGAAGCUCUUUGGGCUGCAGGAGGCCAUGAAGGUGGCCGUGGACAUGGUAAGAGGCCAGCCCAGCCGGGUGGGGACCUCGGGUUCUGCAGGCAGGCAGGCCAUUUCUCUAAUGCUACAGUCUGGCCCAAACAUACCACAGUCACAAGUGAAUACGUGGGGAGCUCAGCCGGAGCGCGGAGGCAUUCUCCAGGCUGAGGCAGGACGCACCCGCCCUCCCCCGCCCCAGACCUCCCACUGUGGCCCUUACUGCCUGCUCGGCCCCGCACCCGCCACACACGCCCUCGGCCGCUUCCGGCUGCAGCACGCCCCACCCAAGCCCCCAGCACCCCUGCUCACCUCAUCCGCUGAGAUGCUCAGGCCCCAGAACUGCACAUCCGGGGGCUGCCUCCGUGGCCUCUGAGGUGCAGCGGGGCCUGCGGGGGAAGAGCCUCUCCAGCAACAGCUGGCUGGAUCGUGAGCCCUUCGGGGCAGGGCGGUCCAGGAACCUCUCCUGCGAGGCCCCAAAAUGUCCCCUGAGGAACUGCAGUCGCCGAGGGCUUGGUUUAGGUCCCAGCGCUGCCCCUUGCUGUGUGUCUCCAAGAAUAUAACCUAACCUCUCUGUG